GGAGUUAUCCAGUUAUCGGCCCAGCUAUAGGCCAUCGGCCAUCACUAGUUGAUACACAGUUUUCACAGGUCGAGAAUUUGCUGUUAAUUUGUCAGAAAGUGUGUUAAAAAUAAAUAAAUCCUGCUCUUUAGCAGACUAAAAUAAAGUUGACGUGGUGUGGUGUAAAGCGCCUUAAUCACCAAGAUGAGUUACAUGCCAGCCCAGAAUCGGACCAUGUCCCACAACAAUCAAUACAAUCCACCGGAUUUGCCGCCAAUGGUCUCCGCCAAGGAGCAGACCCUCAUGUGGCAGCAGAACUCGUAUCUGGGCGACUCUGGCAUCCAUUCGGGUGCCGUCACCCAGGUGCCAUCGCUAUCCGGCAAGGAGGAUGAGGAAAUGGACGGCGAUCCAUUGAUGUUCGACUUGGAUACGGGAUUUCCGCAGAAUUUCACCCAGGACCAGGUGGAUGACAUGAAUCAGCAGCUGAGCCAGACCAGGUCGCAGCGCGUCCGGGCUGCCAUGUUCCCGGAGACCCUAGAGGAGGGCAUCGAGAUCCCGUCAACGCAAUUCGAUCCCCAGCAGCCGACGGCCGUGCAGCGACUGUCGGAGCCGUCGCAGAUGUUGAAGCAUGCGGUGGUGAAUCUGAUCAACUACCAGGAUGAUGCUGAGUUGGCCACAAGGGCCAUACCGGAGCUGAUCAAGCUGCUAAACGAUGAGGAUCAGGUGGUGGUGUCACAGGCCGCUAUGAUGGUACAUCAACUGUCGAAGAAGGAGGCCUCCCGGCACGCCAUCAUGAACAGUCCCCAGAUGGUGGCCGCAUUGGUGCGCGCCAUCUCGAACAGCAACGAUCUGGAGAGCACCAAGGCGGCGGUGGGAACGCUGCACAACUUGUCACACCAUCGCCAGGGUCUACUGGCCAUCUUCAAGAGCGGCGGCAUACCGGCCCUGGUCAAGCUACUGUCCUCCCCAGUGGAGAGUGUGCUCUUCUAUGCCAUCACCACGCUGCACAAUCUGCUGCUCCAUCAGGACGGCUCCAAGAUGGCAGUCCGUUUGGCCGGUGGCCUCCAGAAGAUGGUAACACUGCUGCAGAGGAACAACGUCAAGUUCCUGGCCAUUGUCACCGAUUGCCUGCAGAUCCUGGCGUACGGCAAUCAGGAGAGCAAGCUGAUCAUCCUCGCCUCCGGCGGGCCCAACGAACUGGUGCGCAUCAUGCGCUCCUACGACUACGAGAAGCUGCUCUGGACCACAUCGCGGGUGCUGAAGGUACUCUCCGUCUGCUCCAGCAACAAGCCGGCAAUCGUGGAUGCCGGCGGCAUGCAGGCCCUGGCCAUGCAUCUGGGCAACAUGUCGCCCCGUCUCGUCCAGAACUGUUUGUGGACGCUGCGCAAUCUUUCGGAUGCUGCCACCAAGGUGGAGGGCUUAGAGGCGUUGCUCCAAUCGCUCGUCCAAGUCUUGGGAUCCACGGACGUUAAUGUCGUCACAUGCGCCGCUGGAAUUCUAUCGAAUCUGACGUGCAACAACCAGAGGAACAAGGCCACCGUCUGCCAGGUGGGUGGCGUCGAUGCCCUCGUCCGUACGAUCAUCAAUGCCGGAGAUCGCGAGGAGAUUACCGAGCCGGCCGUUUGCGCUUUGCGGCAUCUAACAUCCCGGCACGUCGACUCGGAACUGGCCCAGAACGCCGUGCGCUUGAACUACGGCCUGUCCGUUAUUGUCAAGCUACUACAUCCCCCGUCCCGCUGGCCGCUCAUCAAGGCGGUCAUCGGUCUGAUCCGUAAUCUGGCCCUCUGUCCGGCCAAUCAUGCUCCGUUGCGGGAGCACGGAGCCAUUCAUCAUCUGGUCCGGCUGCUGAUGCGCGCCUUCCAGGACACAGAAAGGCAACGGUCUUCGAUCGCCACAACCGGCUCCCAGCAGCCGUCCGCCUACGCCGACGGGGUGCGCAUGGAGGAGAUUGUCGAGGGCACGGUGGGGGCAUUACACAUCCUGGCCCGGGAGUCGCACAACAGGGCACUGAUCCGCCAACAGUCGGUCAUACCGAUCUUUGUCCGUUUGCUCUUCAACGAAAUAGAGAACAUACAGCGCGUGGCUGCUGGCGUUCUCUGUGAGCUGGCCGCCGACAAGGAGGGCGCUGAAAUAAUUGAACAGGAAGGCGCCACUGGGCCGCUAACCGAUCUACUGCAUUCGCGCAACGAGGGCGUGGCCACGUACGCCGCCGCCGUACUCUUCCGGAUGAGCGAGGACAAGCCGCAGGACUACAAGAAGCGACUAUCCAUCGAGCUGACCAACUCGCUGCUCCGCGAAGACAACAACAUUUGGGCCAACGCCGACUUGGGCAUGGGUCCCGAUCUGCAGGAUAUGCUUGGACCCGAAGAAGCAUAUGAGGGCCUGUAUGGACAGGGUCCGCCCAGUGUGCACAGUUCGCACGGAGGUCGCGCAUUCCACCAGCAAGGAUAUGAUACUCUACCAAUAGAUUCGAUGCAGGGUCUGGAGAUCAGCAGCCCGGUGGGCGGCGGCGGCGCUGGCGGUCCCCCUGGCAACAAUGGGCCUGUGGGCGGAGCUGGCGGCGGCGGUGGUCCCGCUAUUGGGGCCAUCCCACCCGGCGGUGCACCCACAUCGCCCUAUUCCAUGGACAUGGAUGUCGGUGAGAUCGAUGCCGGUGCAUUGAACUUUGAUUUGGAUGCCAUGCCGACGCCUCCGAACGACAACAACAAUCUGGCUGCCUGGUACGAUACCGAUUGCUAGACGAUGCAAGAUGCGAUGACGAAGAUGACAUCAAAAAACUACGACGAGCUAUACAAGUUGAUGAUAAUAAUCCAUUGACUUCAUGAAAACACGAAUUCCCCGUUUCCCCCCCGUCCCAUGGAUUAGAAGGUGCUUCUUCCGCUGGCCGCAGUUUUGGAGGAGCGGAUGAGAAGCAGGAUAACCUCCGGAUUAUGGCGAUAUCCGCUGAUUUGACGAGAUCAACACUGGGUUGAUUUUAUUUAAGAAUGACGAGAUUAAGGAUGCAGCCUUGGCCAGCGGAAGGGGGCUUCUAUUCAGACACCAACACACACACUCUUCCUCGACAAACACACACGCAUACAUACAUAAUACAUAUAUAUUAAUUAUAAUGCGAACGCAACGGCAAGCAAAACAUAUUAUAUGACGGCAUUACAUAUUAUCCACAUAACGAAAAUGGAAAAUUAAACAAAAAUGUUUGCAAUAGAACUCGUACAUUUCCUCUACAA